CGGAAGUUGUUGGCUGCUUUUGCCACUGCAGUAAGUGCAGGCAGCUUUUAGCACAGGCUAACACGCCUCUCACCGUGUUUGGGCUGUUUGUCAUAGGAAAGAAAAAAUGUGAAGACGCUCAAAAUGUUCGAAAGAAGAAGCCGGCACGUCGACGGACAUGGUUUUCACCGGCGCCGCCUCUGAAGAAGAGGAUAAGCUAACGUAGAGAAACCCGGAAGUGUUGUUGAAGCUCCCAGCAGCCACAGACACAAUGAGUGCCAAAUACGGCCUGGUGAGCUACAACAGCUCACGGAAGCACAUUUCAAUCUCCAUCCCGUCAUCCACGGAGGUGAUGUCGCCCCACAUAAAGUCUGUGGAGGAGCUGAGGGUCCUGGGGAUCAACCUGAGCAGCUUCAGUUCCCCCACGCAGUUCUUGAUCUGUGUGGCUGGAGUCUUCCUCUUUUACCUCAUCUAUGGAUACUUGCAGGAGUUGAUAUUUUCUGUAGAAGGAUUCAAGCCUUUCGGUUGGUAUCUCACUCUGGUCCAGUUUGGUUUCUACUCCAUGUUUGGUCUCGUGGAGCUUCAGCUCACACAGGACAAACGCAGAAGGAUACCAGGGAAGACCUAUAUGAUCAUAGCAUUUUUAACAGUGGGCACUAUGGGCCUGUCCAAUACCUCUCUGGGCUACUUGAACUACCCCACACAGGUCAUCUUCAAGUGCUGUAAACUCAUCCCGGUCAUGAUUGGAGGAGUGUUUAUACAAGGUAAACGCUAUAAUCUGGCUGAUGUGUCUGCUGCUCUCUGCAUGAGUCUGGGACUCAUCUGGUUUACGCUAGCUGACAGCAAAGUGGCGCCCAACUUCAACGUCACAGGGGUUCUCCUCAUCUCCCUGGCACUGUGUGCAGACGCUGCGAUUGGAAACGUGCAGGAGAAAGCCAUGAAACUCCACAAUGGCUCCAACUCUGAAAUGGUGCUGUACUCGUACUCCAUCGGUUUUAUCUACAUACUGACAGGCCUGUUCUGUGUGGGUGGACUAGGGCCGGCAGUGGCAUUCUGCUCAGAACAUCCUGUGAAGACAUACGGUUAUGCAUUCUUCUUCUCUCUCACUGGUUAUUUUGGCAUCUCCUUCGUGCUGGCCUUGAUCAAACUCUUUGGUGCCCUGGUUGCAGUGACAGUGACCACCGGGAGAAAGGCCAUGACUAUCGUACUUUCCUUCAUGUUCUUCGCGAAACCUUUCACUUUUCAGUACAUCUGGGGUGGCCUUCUGGUGCUCUUUGGCAUCUUCUUGAAUGUUUACAGUAAAAACAAAGAGAAAAUGAAGCUUCCCUCAAUCAAGGACCUCAGGAGCUGGCUGCUGACGGGAAAGAAAGUCCGGUUUCUCUCACAAAACGUAUAGGAAGCACCAAAAGGCGUAGCCGAAGUCCUGCGCUGGCCGACUGUUCAUCUGUUCAGAUGUAGAGUUGGCCCACCUGCCUCGGGAUAUGCUACAGUGCCCGAGCCACGAGCCUCAUCACCACCAACUUUGAGCCAAGCAUGGGUAUACAGGGUUUGACCACCAAUCAGCCUGAACAACAGGUGACACACGAUUACACUUGGAUGGGUGAUAGAGUCGCUGUAUCCCAUCUCAGUCUACCAGCACAACACUGGUGUAGAACUGCCUGAAAUUACUCAAACUAUCUGCAGCAAACUGAAGGAACUGUAACUGUUUUAUACAAGGGGAUCAAUGCUAAUGGGCUCUUUUUAAAAGCAAUGCUUCAGAGCCCCACGGACACAUUCCCAACAUGGAGGACAACACUGAGGACUUUUCUAAAGGGAAGCCAGCGCCUUAGCUAACCAAAUCGCACAGUUUUGCACUGGAAAUGACUUGUACACUUAAACCCUUGAGUGGUUGUAAAAAAGAGGAAUCAGCGGACGGACCGUACAGAGCGACACGCUAACCUAUCAUGUCUGAAAUGAAUGUUUGUCUCUCCACACGAAAAGAUAAAAUACAUAUUGAUAUAAAGGCAUAUUUGCCCCCGCAUGUGCCAGAAAGACAGAACCAAACUAUGUUUUACAUAAUCAUUGUCUUGAUGAAAGUGGCUUUUUUCAUAGUUUAUUGGUAAUUUAUAUCUGACUGUGCCCUAAUUCAUGAAAGACGUGCGAUCAUGUGCUGACAUUUGAAUUUAUCAAAAAUGUCAACUGCCAUAAUUUGCUAACCAUGAAAGGGUACCACUCUUUUUACAUUAAAACAAACUGAGACGUU